AUGCCGGCGCCCUCCUUCCAGGUGAUGAAAACGACGAGUUACUAUGCAUCGCAGCGUUCGGAGCCUCUGAGCGUCUCUGGGGUUUCGACCACCUCGGGUACCGCCUCGCUCUCCGGAGCGGGCGGAAACGGCAGCGCUGCAGGCGGCAUGACUUUGAACGUGCUGCUUCAGGGAGAGAGGUGGGUCGCGCUCCACUUCAGUCGGGCUGACGAUCUGGAUCGCCGUGCGGGCGACUUCGUGCAGGAGCAGCGCCUCUCCACGCUGAUCAAGCCGGGGUUGAUCCAUCAGCUGCGGCAAAUGGUAGCGAUGAGGCAGCUUUCUGCCUCCGUGGACGUAGUCGAUCUGCUGUGA